AUGGAUCAAUCAUCGGAUUCGAACUCUUCAAUCAAUACUUCAACGGAUAAGGCCAUUAUUACUUCUAAUAUUCAGCAAACAUUUUCAAUGGAUACUGUACCAAGCUUUCAAACUGAAGAAGAUGUGAAUGAUUAUUUGGAAACAGCAGUCUCAAUUCCAUAUUUACAGAUGAUUGAUUCAAUGGGUAAUCUUGCAUCAAAUUUUCAAAGCUCUUCUACAACAGUACCAGCUAAAAAGAUUGGUGAUUUUGAGUUCUUUUCGAAAACUACAGAAAAAUGGAGCUCUCUAAAACACAAGGUAAAUCCCAGUCUAAAAGAUGAUUUUGAAUCUGUGUUGCUUCAAAUGGCUACUUUGUGUCCUAAAUUGGGUAUUCAUAUAAAAGGUUCACAAGAUGAUAUUAAUGAUGCAAUGGUUUUGGAUUCUUUGAUUGGGCCAUAUUCAAUUACUCUCCUGUGUAAAAAUAUCUCUGAUUCUUUUGAUUGGAUGUUUACUGGUGUGUAUGCACCUUGUGCUUCUAACACUGAAGAAGUUAAGUUAUUUUGGAGAGAAAUUGAGGAAGUUAGAUAUUUUUGGAGUUAUCCAUGGGUUAUAGGAGGAGAUUUUAAUGAAAUAAGAUUCACUCAUGAAAGAUCUUCUGGAGGACAAACUUGGACAAACAAUCAAACUCAUAGUAUUAGAAGCAGAAUAGAUAGAAUUCUUAUCUCUCCAGAUUGGGAAGUUGUUCAUCCUCAAGUUUUGCAACAAGCUCUUGCACGGCCUUGUUCUGAUCACAAUCCAAUUGCACUUAAUUUCCAGGGUUUGAAGCAUGGUCCACCUCCAUUCCGCUGUGAGUAUUUUUGGUUCUCUCAUCCAAAUUUUCUUAACUUUGCCAAAGAUAUGUGGCUCUCUUUUUCUGUUACAGGAAGUGGUGGCUACAUCUUUUGUAAAAAGCUUCCUUUAUUAAAGAUUAAGCUUAAAGAGUGGAGUAAAGCGGAAUAUGGUGAGGUUGAAAGAAGGCUUGAGGAGCUGGAGGAUAUCUUUGUAAAUCUAGAUGCAACUGAAGAUGCAAAUAAUGGUCUCAUUGAGGACCAAUGGGAAAAAAGAGCACAAGCCAAACAAGAGUAUUGCAAGCUGACAUUUAUCAAUGCUGAGAAGAUGAGAAGCAGGGCUAGAGUGACACAUAUCAAAGACUUUGAGAAUAACACAAAAAAAUUUCACAGGUUAGCUAAUGACAGAAGGAGAAGAAGCUUUGUUGGCUCUAUAAAAGUUGAUGGUGUUCUUACAAAUGAUGAAGCAGAAAUUAAAGAAGGUAUUGUUUCUUAUUUUCAAAAUAUAUUUCAAACUCAAAGUCAGAGAAAUGUUUUCAUGGAAGGUAUGAGUUUCAACAAGAUCACUGAGGAGAUGAAUGCAGUACUUCAAAGAGAUUUUGAAGAAGAAGAAGAAUGUCUUGCAGCAAUUAAAAUGUUGGGUAAACUCAAAGCUCCAGGGCCAGAUGGUUUUCCUGUCAAAUUUUAUCUGCUCUGUUGGGAUUUUAUCAAAGAGGAUUUCUUGAACAUCAUGUCUGAAUUUCAAAAUAAAGACUUCUUAGAUUGGAGAUUGAAGAACACCUUCAUUGCUCUGAUUCCUAAAAAAGACACCAUUUAA